AGCAAGCAAUAUGCUGCAGUCCCAGAACCUGAGAAUUCUAUGCCUCUUGGCCGCCAUCAGUUCCAUGGCCGUGAUGGUGGUUGGCAUCUGCGAUAGCUGCCAGACCAACAAUGUGGCCUGUCUGAACGAAACCCAUUACCGGAUGUGCUCCGCCAAUGUGGCCCCCAAUCAGAUCCUGAAGUGCGGUGAAAACAAGGUCUGCACUGAGUAUGCCGCCAUCUGCAUGGAUAAGGAUGCCGUGCCGGCUGCCUGCCCCGCCGAUGGAGCCAAUGGAUCCUGCGAGACCUGCAACGGCAACAACCUCUUUGUCUGCACCAGUCGCACCACCUUCCAGAUGUGCGACGGCACCACUCUGACGGAUCAGGUCACCUAUUGCAAGGAUAACAAGAUCUGCUCAAUCUCCUCCGGAAAGUACUGUGUGGAUAGCUGCGAAAUCACAGGCUCUGUGGAAUGCGACAGGGUUGCUCCUUAAGGGAGAGUGGCACUUGUGUAUUAUAUAAUAUCAA